UCCCGAGCCUCUGCGGGGAGGGACGCGGGAAAAGAUCUGGAGAGACUGGAGGGGAGGAGGCGAGAGGAGCGGCCUGCCGGGCCGAAUCACGGGAAGCCGUGCUUGGAUAGAGGAUGGGGCGCAGACUGAGUCUCCUCGCAUCAGCACCCGCCGCUCGUACGGAAGUCAGGGCCCCGGACGCUGAGACUUGAGGCGGGACCUCGGGGAGCUGCUCUUAGGGAUCGCGGGCAGAGGCUGCUAAAAGGAUGGCUUCAUGCCACCGCUCUGACCUCAUCAAUACAAAAAAUGGAUCCGCCACCCCGGUCUGAACCCAGCAAUUGCCAGGCCUAACAGGGUGCAGUCUUGGAGCACUGGAGAGGGCGAGGGCACUUCCACGUUCCAGGGUGCCCCCGGAGUUGGGGGAGGCAAAGCGGACGGGAGGGAGGCUGUUCUUGACCGUUGGGCUGGGGAUGGGAAGCACAGGCUGCCUUGAGAGGGUUACCUGGCCCCUAGUGGGCGGAAACUGGGCCCAAAGCCACACGUUUCCCAAGAGCACAGGCCUCCCUGGCAGGGCUGGCUGGGCAGGAUGAGUGAUGGAAGAGCUCAGGUCUGCAAAGGCAGCAAACUCAGAAAAUCCUUACCACUUCUGCUGGGCCUCCAGGCUAAGAACUCUCUGGGACUCUGACCUGGUCAGAUCAUGUGACCCCAAUAGGGUCCCCACCACUGAGUACCUUGUGUCCUAACUCCUCCAGAGGUUUACUUACAAUGCAAAAGGUGGUUUUCUCAUCUGCACAGGCUCAGAGAGGUCAGUAAGUUGCCUGAAGUCACCAGCCAAAGGAGCAGGAAGUUGAACUCAACCGGCUGACUCCUCCACCUCCCCUUGUCAGGGGCCUGGCACUGUGUCCACAGAGGCGCUUGGCGGGAUGGAGGUGCGGUGGUGCACCAUCUCAGACCCAGAGCAGCAGAAAUGCAGUGACAUGAGCAAGGCCUUCCAGGAAGCCGGCAUCCAGCCCUCCCUCCUGUGCGUCCAGGGAACCUCAGCUGACCACUGCAUCCAGCUCAUCUCGCAGGCCCAGGAGGCUGAUGCCAUCACUCUGGAUGGAGGAGCCAUUUACGAGGCGGGGAAGGAGCACGGCCUGAAGCCCGUGGUGGGCGAAGUGUAUGAUCAAGAGGUCGGUACCUCCUAUUAUGCCGUCGCUGUGGUCAAGAGGGGCUCCCACGUGACCAUCAACACCCUGAAAGGCGUGAAGUCCUGCCACACAGGCAUCAACCGGACGGUGGGCUGGAAUGUGCCCGUGGGCUACCUGGUAGACAGCGGCCGCCUCUCAGUGAUGGGCUGUGACGUGCUCAAAGCUGUCAGCGACUAUUUUGGGGGCAGCUGUGUCCCCGGGGCAGGAGAAACCAGUCACUCCCAGUCCCUCUGCCGCCUCUGCCGGGGCAACGCCGCUGGGGAAGGGGUGUGUGACAAGAGCCCCCUGGAGAGAUACUACGACUACAGCGGGGCCUUCCGGUGCCUGGCUGAAGGGGCCGGGGACGUGGCCUUUGUGAAGCACAGCACGGUGCUGGAGAACACAGACGGGAAAACCCUUGCCUCCUGGGGCCAGGCACUGCUGUCAAAAGACUUCGAGCUGCUGUGCCGGGAUGGCAGCCGGGCUGAUGUCACUGAAUGGAGGCGAUGCCACCUGGCUCGGGUGCCUGCUCAUGCCGUGGUGGUCCGGGCCGACACAGAUGGGGGCCUCAUCUUCCGGCUGCUCAACGAAGGCCAGCUUCUGUUCAGCCAUGAGGGCAGCAGCUUCCAAAUGUUCAGCUCUGAAGCCUAUGGCCAGAAGAACCUGCUGUUCAAAGACGCCACCUCCGAGCUAGUGCCCAUUGCCACGCAGACCUACGAGGCAUGGCUGGGCCGCGAGUACCUGCAUGCCAUGAAGGGUCUCCUCUGUGACCCCAACCGGCUGCCCCACUACCUGCGCUGGUGUGUGCUGUCCACGCCCGAGAUCCAGAAGUGUGGAGACAUGGCUGUGGCCUUCAGCCGGCAGAGGCUCAAGCCGGAGAUCCAGUGUGUGUCAGCUGAGUCCCCCCAACACUGCAUAGAGGAGAUCCAGGCUGGCCAAAUUGACGCUGUGACCCUGAGGGGCGAAGACAUCUACACAGCGGGGAAGACGUACGGCCUGAUUCCGGCAGCCGGGGAGCACUAUGCCCCGGAAGACAGGAGCAACUCGUACUUCGUGGUGGCCGUGGUGAAGCGGAACAGCUCCUACGCCUUCACGCUGGACGAGCUGCGGGGCAAGCGCUCCUGCCACCCGGCCUUCGGCAACCCCACUGGCUGGGACAUCCCCGUGGGCGCCCUCGUGCAGAAAGGCUUCAUCCGGCCCAGGCACUGUGAUGUCCUCACAGCGGUGAGUGAGUUCUUCAGCGCCAGCUGUGUGCCUGUGAACAACCCCAAGAACUACCCAUCCUCGCUGUGUGCUCUCUGUGUGGGGGAUGAGCAGGGCCGCAACAAGUGUGUGGGCAACAGCCAGGAGAGGUACUACGGCUACAGUGGUGCUUUCAGGUGCCUGGUUGAGAAUGCAGGGGACGUCGCUUUUGUCAAGCACACGACUGUCUUCGACAACACAAAUGGCCACAAUGCUGAGCCCUGGGCUGCUGAGCUCAGGUUGGAGGACUAUGAGCUCCUGUGUCCCAAUGGGGCCCGGGCCGAGGUGUCCCAGUUCGCAGCCUGCAACCUGGCACAGAUACCGUCCCAUGCCGUCAUGGUCCGGCCAGACACCAACAUCUUCACUGUGUAUGGACUGCUGGACAAGGCCCAGGACCUGUUUGGAGAUGACCACAAUAAGAAUGGGUUCAAAAUGUUCGACUCCUCCAACUAUCAUGGCCAGGACCUGCUUUUCAAGGAUGCUACCAUCCGGGCAGUGCCUGUGGGAGAGAAAACCACGUACCAUGACUGGCUGGGCCAGGACUACGUGGCGGCUCUGGAAGGGAUGCUGUCUCAGCAGUGCUCUGGCACAGGGGUCACUGCCUCCAGGGUGUUCCCACUCCUGCUGCUUCUCCCACUGGCCCUCGCUGUCGGCCUCCUCCAGCCCUCCCUCUGAAGCAGCUGUGGGCAAGCCUCGCCCUCCCUGGGAAUGGAAACCUGUUCAGAAAUCUCUCUAAAUAAGGCUGUUCUUCUCAGUAAAUCUGGUUAACACUGCUCAGAGGGAAACGUGUGAUGGGAGAGGAAGCGUGAGAAACCAUAGACCUCCUUAGGGCUGCGAUUCUGACACUGAAGUUUCAGUGAUUCCUUCCAAGUGGAAUAAAGAUGACUGUGACUGUUAAAGAAAAAUCCCCCAACUGGACUGAGCAGGUCUCUCCUGCUGGAACCCAGCCUCUGCCUCCCAGGCACCACCUGUCCCUCUGCUACCUGAGGUGGUGCGCUGGCCAGCCUCCCAGUCACACCCCACCCACAGGCUGGCAUAGCCGCUUCCCUGCAGAUCUGCAGGCUCCCACCACAUGGAUCCUCACCAGGCUUGGGUUUGGAAAAGACCGUUACCAAGGAAACAGUCUGAACCCGAGCUUCCCACACGGCCCUCUCAGCUGGAGCUUGUCCUGCGGAGCCACCCAGGGGGCCUGGUGAGAUGACAGGCCAGCAGGCCCUUCCUUGCUGGUUCCCACCUCCCCCUCUGGAGAAUGGACAACGCACCCAGCACCUCCCCUCAGCCCCCGCUCCGUCUGUCCUCUGGACUCCCUGUGUCGGCCUUUCUCCAGAGGACACUGAGCUGCCCACUGAGGCGUCGCCAUAUGAGGCUGGAGCCAGGCCCCCAAGUAUGCGAAGCUUCUGGGCCCAUGAAGCCCUUUGUCCUUGUCUUCUGCAGCUUGGCGUGGUGCAGACCACUGGACCCCUGAUUGUGCCGGGCUGGGAAGGACAGGGAGGCCAGGGCUGGACCCUAGGAAUGAAGCCCUCAAGGGCUCCUCAGACAAAGGAAAUGCAUCUCAGAAUUUUUACAAGGCAGGGGGCUUGAUGCAGGAUUGAGGGUCUAAAAUCUUGUCUGUGGUAAGAAGAGCAGGCCUCAGAACUGGACUUGCUCUGUGUGCCCUGCCCUGUGGUGAAUUCAGCUGCACCGGGCUCUUUUCUGGAGUUAAGCCCAGUCAGCAGGAAUGCCCACUCCUGCGUUUCCUCCUCUUAGGCUUCAUCUCAGAUCAUCCCCUUCUACCCCGGUGCGAUGUCCACCACUCUGGAGCUACUCUUGUACCUCUAGCUGCAGGAGUUGCCUCCGGACUGAAGAGUUUGGCCUCCAGGGCUGCCCAGUGGUGUCCAGCCCAUGAAGCAGGAGGUGGCGAAGGUCUCUAAGUCAGCACAAGGCCCUCUGAAGAGCUAGAAAUGGGGAGUUGCCUUUCUCUUUGUCAGAGAUGCCACAGGCUGGGUGGGGUGCUGAAGGGAGCCCCAUCUCCCCAAGUGUGAGCACGGGGUCUCCUCACCCAGCCCUGUACUGCCUGGGCCUGAGGACCACUCACUCCAGAGGAAGAGUCCCUCCUUCCCCUCCCCUGCAAGUCAGCAGAAAGUGCCUGGAGAGGGUCUCCAUCAUUACCACAGUUGUCUGAGAAGCCAGAAAAAGUUUCCAGAACUGCCAGCUCUUACUCUGAGAUUUGGUCUCUGAAAAAAGUGAAAAGAAAGAGAAGAAACAGGAGCAAGCCACCCUCGUCAGCAGACUGGGAGCCGCGUGGGCCUGGAGCUAUUUGCAUCUCAGUCUGCGGGGGCCUUGGGGACGCUGAUGACAGGCUGGUUCCCAGUGCUUCGCCCCCACCUGUGGGCGUUGGAUCCCUUCCAUCCUCGGUGGGGAAGGAGGCCACUGGCAGUGUCCUGGCCAUAGUCAGACACCAUCCUGAGGAGUCCUGGCCUCAGCCCCCACUGUGAGGGGCCAGAAGGAGCCAGCCUCAGCUACCAAGUUUGUACCCUCUUCACUGGAGGAGCCAAUAAGUCUUCUCUGACCUGA